AUGCAUAUUGGUCAUUUUUUAGGUGGUUGGUGGAAAAUUGUGGAAGAAGUAGAUUUGAAAGGAGGUGAACACGUAUCUUUUGAGUGUGGAAGUGGCAACAGCUGCUACCUCUCUGCAAUGGAUAACGGUAGAUUUACCAUUGGCCUACCUCACCCGGACGGUGAAGAGCCAAACCCAGAAGAGAUAUUCGCCGUUGUUAAAACACCGGAUGAUCCCAAAACAAGUUUCAAAACCGGUUACGGGAAAUACAUUGGUGUCGAUUCGAAUGGUGCUCUUGUUGCCACAGCAGAAGCUCAGAGCCCUUUGGAUCAUUUUCAGGGAAUAGAGAUGUGUAAACCCAUUCGAAAGCCUUCA